AUGGACAGACCACGUUACGUAAUUUACGGUGAUCAGCCGUCGUCAAGCAAUAAUAGUACCAGCACGGUAGCAUCAUCAGCAAAAAUCUUCGGCUGUACAAUUUGCAAUCAAAGUUUAAAAGAUUUUCCUGUCUCUACACGAUGUGGACACUUAUUUCACUUUAAUUGUAUUGCGCGUUAUCUGUUUGGGUCAGAUUCAGAAACAUGUCCAACUUGCAGGACCCCUGUAUCAAGAUUUAGUUUAAUCAAACUUUUCCCCACUGAAGAUGAUAGGUUGUGCGUUAAAACCAAAGAAGAACUGGAAUCGUUACAGAAUCAAUUAAAUACUGUUGGAAUGUGUAAUGUAGACUAUAAAGACAGAGUUUAUAAUCUCACAUUAAAACUGAAUGCCAUAGAGGAGGACUUACGGAAAAGCCGUAAAGCGGUUAGCGAAAUUAAUACUACAUAUCUAAAUCACUAUAAUAGUUGUGUUAACAAUAUUGAAAGAGUAGAUAAAGAUGCAUUACUUUUCAAAUACAACCAAGAGAAAUCGACAAGAAUAUUAUUACAAAAAGAAUGUUAUGAAUACCAUUCUAACGUUUUAGCUGAGCUUAAGAAAUUAAAAGUUGAAAGAGAAAAUUUAAAAUUGGAAAAAGAUUAUUUUCAAAAAAGAUGUCGUGAUCUUGAACUACCCAGUACAUCUUCAAAGAUGAUUAAUAGAAGAAUAAGCACACUUCCACAUCAAACACAGUCUCCGUUACAGCCAUCUUCUGAUGGGUUUCUAUCGAAUUGUCAUUUUUGGAUUGUCGAUGAGCUUAGAAAAGUGUCAGGUGCGACCAAUCACCUGUACUUUAACGAACAGCGUGUUCUAGAGCAUGGUGGAACUGUUGCAUAUCAUUACACAAAUAUGGUUACACAUGUAAUUGGUAUCUCCCAAAAAAAUUCAGACGUUUUAAGAGGUUUAAAAGAACGUAAAAAAUGCGCAACUGAUUACUGGCUCAGUGAUGUUAUUGGUGAAAGAAAAAUGAUGAAACCUUGGUUACCUCAUCAUUUUCCAAUACCAUACAGUGAGGAUAAUUUGCCGUAUGAGAAUAAAAAAAUUGCUAUUCUCAAUUUUGAUAAAAAUGAAUAUUAUAAAAUAAAAGCAAUGGCAGAGAUUAUUGGUGCAACAAUCAUCAAUAAAAUUUCAUGCAAUACUGACAUUGUAAUUACUGCUGAGUUAAAAGGUGAAAUGAUAAAAAAAGCUUUAGCUUUAAAAUUACCAGUGGUUAAUGCUCAAUGGAUAAAUGAUAUACUUCUUAGUGAAAAAAUUGGUUUAAAAGACUUCAAACAUAAAAAAUACCAACAAUUUGAUUUGUGCAAUCCAUAUUUAAUGGAUUACAAUAUGGUAUCACAUAUAAUGGAGGCUUGGGAAAAGCAUUCAAAAGUUCCUAAGUCACAAAUUCCAACUUACAAAGUUGAUAACAAGUCUACUUCGAAAAUGACAUAAUGUGUUAUACAAGAACUUUCAGAAACUGUUGUUAAUAAUGAUAAUGGCAAUAACACUAUCACUUCUGUUGCGUCCCCAUCUAAUGAAUCUGUACCACGUAUUAAGUUUUCUAAGUAUUCAAUYGUGCAACCAAAAGAUAUGAAAAAGGUAUUUUGCCAUAUCGUUUUUUAUAAUGUAAUAUAA